AUGGAGCUGAUUCCAAGUUUUUCCACGGAGACCUGGAUUCUCCUGGCUACCAGCCUGGUGCUCUUCUAUCUAUAUGGAACCUAUUCACAUAGUGUUCUAAAGAAGCUUGGGAUUCCGGGGCCCAAGCCUCUGCCUUUUUUGGGAACUGUCCUAGCCUACCGUAAGGGUAUGUGGAAUUUUGACCUUGAAUGUUCUAAAAAGUUUGGAAAGUUAUGGGGGUUCUACGAUGGUCGACAGCCUGUGAUUGCCAUCACAGAUCCUAGUAUGAUCAAGACCGUAAUGGUGAAAGAAUGUUAUUCCACCUUCACAAACCGGAGGUCUUUUGGUCCAAUGGGAUUUAUGAAAUCUGCCAUUUCUAUUGCUGAGGAUGAUGAGUGGAAGAGAAUGCGAACAUUGCUGUCUCCAACCUUCACCAGUGGAAAACUCAAGGAGAUGUUCCCCGUCAUUGGCCAGUAUGGAGACAUGUUGGUGAAACAUCUGAGAGCGGAAGCAGAGAAAGGGAAGCCUGUUGAGUUGAAAAGCAUCUUUGGGUCCUACAGUAUGGAUGUAAUCACUAGCACAUCGUUUGGAGUGAACAUUGAUUCCCUCAACAACCCAGAAGAUGUCUUUGUGCAAAAAGUCAAGAAGCUUAUAAAAUUUGAUUUCUUGGACCCAAUGAUGCUUUCAAUAACACUCUUUCCAAUACUUACUCCAAUUUAUGAAGCCCUAAGUAUCUCUGUGUUUCCAAGAGAUGUUACUGAAUUUUUCAAAAAAUCUGUACGGAAGAUUAAAGAGCGCCGCCUUAAAGACAAACAAAAGCACCGUGUGGAUUUUCUUCAGCUGAUGAUCGACUCCCAGAACAUCAAAGAAAUUGAUUCCCAUAAAGCUUUGACUGAUUUGGAGCUUGUGGCUCAAUCCAUUAUCUUUAUUUUUGCUGGCUAUGAGACCACCAGCACUGCUCUUUCCUUCAUCAUGUAUCUCUUGGCCACCCACCCUGAGAUCCAGGAGAAAUUGCAGAAGGAGAUUGAUGACAUUUUACCCAAUAAGGCAACUCCCACAUAUGAUGCAGUACUUCAGAUGGAGUAUCUUGAUAUGGUGUUGAAUGAAACACUCAGAUUAUACCCAAUAGCUGGAAGACUUGAGAGGGUCUGUAAAAAACAUGUUGAAAUCAAUGGAUUGACCAUGCCUAAAGGGUCAGUGAUUAUGGUGCCAACCUUUGUCCUUCACCGAGACCCAGAAUAUUGGCCAGAGCCUGAGAAAUUCCUCCCUGAAAGGUUCAGUAAAGAGAACAAGGACAACAUAGAUCCUUAUAUAUACAUGCCCUUUGGAACUGGACCUCGAAAUUGCAUUGGUAUGAGGUUUGCCCUCAUGAACAUGAAACUUGCUACCGUCAGAAUUCUUCAGGAGUUCUCUGUUAAACCUUGCAAAGAAACACAGAUUCCAUUAAAAAUAGGCAAGGACCCACUUAUUGCACCAGAAGUACCUGUUGUUAUAAUGUUUGAAUCAAGAGAUGGAACCGUAAAUGGAGCCUGA